AUGAUUAUUGUUGAUGAGCUACCUUUUAGGUUUGUGGAGGGUCAAGGUUUUAGGAAAUUUAUUCUUGUUUGCUGUCCUAUGUUCAAAAUUCCUUCUAGAUGGACAGUAAGUAGGGAUAUUCUGAAAAUUUAUUCUGAUGAGAGGGUUAAUUUGAAGAAUUUCUUUAGGACUAGCUGCCAAAGGGUUAGUAUCACUACUGAUACUUGGACUUCUGUACAAAGAAUCAACUACAUGUGCAUUACUGCACAUUUCAUAGAUAAUGAGUGGAAGCUACAGAAAAAAAUAAUUUCCUUUGUCCCUAUUUCUUCACAUAAGGGGGAAUACAUAGCUAAGGCACUGGAAAGUUGCCUACUAGAGUGGGGGUUGAAGUCAGUUUUUUCUGUCACAGUUGAUAAUGCUUCUAGCAAUGAUACUGCCAUAGGGUUUUUAAAAAAGAAAAUGCUGUCUUGGGGUUCUACUGCAGUAAGGUGUAAGUAUUUGCAUAUGCGAUGCAUUGCUCACAUCUUUAAUCUGGUUGUGCAAGAUGGAUUAAAGGAAUCUGAUGAUUCUGUUAAGAAGGUAAGGGACUCUGUUAGGUAUAUGAGAAACUCUCCUGCUAGGCUCCAAAAAUUUAGAGAGCUUGCUGACUUAAUUGGGGUGGAAGCCAAAAACUCUUUGGUUCUUGAUGUACCUACAAGGUGGAAUUCCACAUAUUUGAUGCUGCAUACUGCUUUGCUGUAUCAAAAGGUUUUUGAAGUGUAUGAAGAUCAUGACCCUUCCUUCAAAUCUGAUUUGGGUGGGAAUGUUCCUAAUUUCUUGAAUUGGGAGGCAGUAGAAGGGUUGGUGAAAUUUAUGAAAUCAUUUUAUGAAAUGACUGUUAGGAUAUCUGGUUCUUUGUAUGUAACUUCUAACACAUUCUUCUCUGAAGUGUCUGAUUUAUCUUGCAUACUUACUGGUCUGGUGGGAGCUGAAUCUGAUUCUGUUAAAGCAAUGGGAAUGAAUAUGAGGACCAAGUUUGAUAAAUACUGGGGUGAUCCAAACAAGAUGAAUUUUCUGAUUUUUUAUGGAAAUAUAAUGGAUCCUAGGGACAAAAUUGAAUACAUGUCAUAUCAGUUUAAUCAAUUAUAUGGUGAUGAAAAUGGCAAGUCCUUGUUUGAGAAGGUUAUGAAAGACUUGAAGGAGUUGUAUGCUGAUUAUGUGACAAGUUUCCCAGUCCAAUCUGAUCCUGUUCCUGUUGAACAGUCUGUUCCCCCUACUGUUUUGUCUGAUCCAGUUUCUGUUGGGAGACUCCAAUCUUUGUUAAAAUCCCAGUUAAAAAAACAAAGAUUGGAGAGUGGAGAAUUAGGCAGAAAGAAAACUGAGUUCUGCACUGGAGUUGGUACUGGAGUUGGUUCUUCCCUGCCUACAAUACCAGUAAAUUAA